AGACUAUACGUUUCACAUAAAAAAAAAAAAAAAAGAAAGAAAAAAAAAUUCUGUCGUGGUGUUGCCCUGUAGCGCUUUUCCCCCACACGCCCUGAAUGCAGCGCCAGAUAAACGGCAGGCGGUGUCUUCGGUAACUUGCUGUAAUGUCCUCCUCCAAUGAGAAGCGCCCAUAACACCCUCAGCAGCGGUCCGUGCGGCUCCAUAUUGGAUCCGUCUUUUCUUAGAAAUACAACGCGCUGGAGGUCUACCUGGCUGCGUACAUUGUCUAUCACUUCGGCCGAGCAGCCCACUCUGCUCCGCGGAGUCAGGUAUGAAGGCAGCCCGGGGACAAAGCGCCCUGUCACCAACAAAUGUUCUCUACAGCCUUGUUUCACCGACCAGCGGCUUUCUCCCAGUUUUUAACGCCGCUCAGAAAUUAGGUUAAAGACGCACCUGAGGAGCGGAAAGUGGCAUGCUGGGCAAAGAAGAAGAAGAAGAAGAAGAAGAAGGAAUAACUGGAUAACGCCACACGGGCAUGAUGUUCACUCUCACUGAGGUUGCGUCCCUGAACGACAUCCAGCCGACGUACCGUAUCUUAAAGCCAUGGUGGGAUGUCUUCAUGGACUACUUGGGCAUCGUCAUGCUCAUGCUGGCCAUAUUUGCUAUGACGAUGCAAAUCACCAAAGACCAGGUGGCUUGCCUCCCGUUUCUCGAGGAGUCAGAAGAGGCCUCAGGACCUAAGCCCAGCUCAUUCCCCCAGCAGAGCACACAGGAUGCAGCCUCGGCAGCCACUGGAGCCCCUGUUGUCACCUCCAUCCCGUUGGCCACUAAGGACCUACCGGACGAUGUUGUACAUAACAUCCAUGUAACGCACCAACACACGGCCGUGGUUUCAGAGAAAUAUGUCAAUCAGCCUCAACCAACAGGGGUCAAAACAAACCUGGACUAUCAACAGUACAUCUUUAUCAACCAAAUAUGUUACCAUGAUGCCUUGCCCUGGUAUUCCAAGUACUUUCCAUACCUCACCCUCAUCCACACACUCAUUCUCAUGGUCAGUAGCAAUUUCUGGUUCAAAUACCCCAAAACAAGUUCAAAGAUUGAGCAUUUUGUUUCCAUUCUGGGUAGGUGUUUUGAGUCUCCUUGGACUACAAAGGCUUUAUCUGAAACAGCUUGUGAGGACUCUGAAGAGAACAAACAGAGGUUGACUGGCACCACGUCUGCGCCAAAGCAAGUCUCUUUAGAGGGAAAGGAUGAAACUCCAAAUGCCAACACACCAAUGCUUGGGGUGAAAUUUUCAGCUGAUAAACCUAUUGCAGAGGUCCCUAGUAGUAUGACAAUCCUGGAUAAAAAAGACGGGGAGCAGGCCAAAGCUCUAUUUGAAAAGGUGAGGAAGUUUAGAGCUCACGUGGAGGACAGUGAUUUCAUCUACAAGCUUUAUGUAGCACAGACCAUUGUCAAAACGGUCAAGUUUAUUUUGAUAUUGUCCUACACUUCAGCCUUUUUUACUAAAAUUAAUUUUAAGCAUGAUUGUGAGCCUAAUAUAAAACAUCUAACCGGAUAUAAAAAGUUCUUCUGUACGCACAACAUGGCUUUCAUGCUAAACAAGCUGCUGAUCAGCUACAUGGCUUUGAUUUUGAUCUACGGGAUGACAUGUUUAUACUCUCUAUUCUGGGUUUUUCGGCGUCCUCUGAAAGAGUACUCAUUCGAGAAGGUGAGGGAAGAAAGCAGCUUCAGUGACAUUCCUGAUGUCAAAAACGACUUUGCAUUCCUCUUACACAUGGUUGACCAGUAUGACCAACUUUACUCCAAGCGCUUUGGUGUCUUCUUGUCUGAGGUCAGUGAAAACAAGCUUAGGGAGAUCAGCCUCAAUCAUGAGUGGACCUUUGAAAAGUUGAGGCAGCUUGUGACCCGUAAUACACAGGACCAGCAGGAGCUGCACCUCUUCAUGCUCUCUGGCCUCCCCAACGCAGUGUUUGACCUCACAGACUUGGAAGUGCUCAAACUGGAGCUGAUUCCUGAGGUGCGUUUCACAGCGAAAGUCUCUCAAAUGACCUCCUUGCUGGAGCUCCAUCUUUGCCACUGUCCGGCCAAAGUAGAACAGACCGGUUUUGCUUUCCUCCGCGACCAUCUCCGCUGCCUUCAUGUCAAGUUCACUGAUGUUGCCGAGAUCCCAGGUUGGGUGUAUUUACUGAGGAGUCUGAGGGAGCUAAACCUCAUCGGCAACCUGAGCUCGGAAAACAACAAAAUGAUUGGUUUAGAGUCCAUGCGAGAUUUGAGGCAUCUGAAGACGUUAUGUCUGAAGAGUAACCUCACGAAAAUGCCCACAAACAUCACGGAGCUUUCACCGCAUCUGAUUCGGUUAGUGGUGCACAAUGAUGGUACAAAGUUGUUGGUACUGAACAGUCUGAAGAAAAUGAUAAACCUAAUUGAACUGGAGUUGCACUGCUGCGAGCUGGAGAGGAUCCCUCAUGCUAUUUUUAGCUUGACCAACUUACAGGAACUUGACCUGAAAUCUAACAACAUCCGCACCAUAGAGGAGAUCAUCAGCUUCCAGCACUUGAAGAGGCUGACAUGCCUUAAACUGUGGCACAACAAAAUUAUCACCAUCCCCUCCUCCAUUGGCCAUGUCAAGUCUCUGGAGUCUCUCCACCUGUCCCACAAUAAACUGGAAUCUCUGCCUCCGGCCUUGUUCACUCUGCCUAAACUGCGACAUUUGGAUGUGGGCCAUAACUCCAUUACAGUGCUUCCUCCAGACGUGGGUCUCCUCCACAACCUUCAGCACUUGGCUAUCAACUCAAACAAGCUGGAAACGCUACCCAAGACUCUGUUCAGAUGCAACAAGCUGAAGGUACUGUGUUUGGGGCAUAAUGCGCUCACUGUGCUGCCAGAGGCUGUGGGACAACUUGUCCAACUCACACAGCUGGAGCUCAGGGGAAACUGCCUGGACAGACUGCCUGCUCAGUUAGGAAACUGCCGUCUGCUGCGCAAAAAUUGCCUUGUUGUGGAGGACCAUCUCUUUGAUGCACUGCCUGUGGAUGUUAAGGAGAGUAUCAACCGAGACAUCAACAUGUCCUUUACAAGUGGCUUAUAGCACAACUCGGAAAGUUGACAGUAACUUACUCGAGACACUUUGUACUAUUAUAUUAUUUGUAAUAAUGAAUGCAUUUUCUUGAUUAUUUUAAUGAGUUAUCUUAGUUUUAGCUUACAUGUCAUUACAGCUUAAACGCAAACCGAUUCAGUUCCUGCUGACAAUGUAUCUUAAUUCAGCAUUUUUUUUUUCUUUUAAAAAGCUAUUUCAUGGCUUUGAGUAAUUAAAAUAAGACAUUGAUGUCUUCAUAUAUUACUCUUUAGACCAAAUCUGUUUUUCCUUAGCGACACAGUAUGUAGAUUUGUCUUUGUUGUUUUAGGUACUCAGGUAUAUUUGUAACCACGGGGAACAAUCAUUUUGCCUUAACUGCUGCUAUUUUAUUUUAUUUUUCACAGUGAGGGCUUUCACAAACACAAGGCCAAAAAUAAAUAAAUCAUGUCAUUUUUUUUUUCCCCACACAGACACUAUCUGUGGAGCAGUUUCUGUGUGUUGUGGUGUAUACAAGUAUACACAAUGCAACACUUUUCUGUCGUUUUUAACUUUUGUCGGAAUCAUAUAACGUUCAUACGUAGUCCUGUAUUAUAGCUAGUAAUAGGAUCAGAUUUGUAAAACCCUGAAAGAGACUAAGCACCAGAAAUGAACCUUUACCUUACUGUUGUAGAGAUUGUAUACUAAUGCCUAUAGUCAUUCAUUUAUACAUUGACAAACCUAAUGACGUAAAGAAUGGGGACUGCCCUUUAUGAUAACCUGUUCUGUGACUGACGUUAGCUGAUAAAGGGAAAUGUGUCGACUUGCUUUUGAAACCAUGCUUUAAAAUACAAAAUGUGUGAUUUUAACUGUACACGUCCCAAUCACGUAACCAUGAUAAUGUCUGCCUUUGUUUUUCCCAGUGUACCUCUGUGUAGUUCCUUGUGUUCUUCAGAGCUGCUGUACCACUGUGGUGUUCCUAUGCUCAAAGUCCACAAACUUUAUGGUACAAUAAAACAAGAUUUUAGAA